AUGCUACCGGACCGAAGCAAUCCGAAGCGAAGGCGGCUGGAAAGCAGUUCAUCUGGUGAGAGUGUCAACAUUGGAUUUGCUUCUAACUCCGGCGGAGAAUGGCCUAGCUACCUUUACCUAACGCCCAGCGCGGGAGUUGCCGCACCGUCAGCCAACUCAUUUCCCAGUCUCCCAUACCCUCCAAAUCCUUCUUGUCUUUCGUUAGAGUCACAGUCCUACUCGCAGUACACGGCAAUUGCCACGCCGGUAUCAAGCUCGUCACCGGAUCCGCUGACUACCUUUUCACUAGAACAACAUGUUUGGUCGCAGCCCGUGGCCAUUGGUGCAUCAACAACGGCUGUAUUAGACGCACAGCUAUAUUGGCCAUUCACAUGGAAUACACACCCAUCCCUUUCCAUUCCGGAUCCGUGGGACACGUGGUCACCAAAUUCACCCUUCCAGGAACAAGCCACGGGAAUAACACCAGGGGCAUCACAAACAGUACCAUCGUCAUUGCUACCCGAAUCCCCACUCAAGUCUCUGUGUGAAGCCUCUACUACUGGGCAUCACCCGAGCUCCGAUUCCUUCCAUGAUGUUCCGGCUCAAGACCAACAAGAGCUGGUCUGUUUUGGCGAGCUUCCAGGUAUACCCGCAAGAUUUGACCGCCAUUCACCUUGGAACAGCUCUACGUCCUGCUCGCAUCUUCGAGUCACUUUGAACUCUUCGUCUCAGUUUUCUGGCAAGGUUGACGAUCAGGAGUUUUCAGGGACAAUUCUUGCCGACAUAACUGACGACAGCCACGAUUGGACAUUGUUGACGGAUGCUUUGCUUAACGAGUCCGGCAUUGAACUGAGUGUGAUCUGUCUUAAAGGCGCAUACCCACUCCACCAAGAUGUGCAACACAAGGCUUCCAAAGACUUCAGAAAAUCAAUGCACUGCAAACUUUUAAUCACCAUAUUCGGUUCUCUGGAAAUGUUUGAGGAUAUUGGGAGCUUCUUUCAAGAAUACGAGGUUUAUUUGCAGGAUCCAACGCAACCCGGAAAGAUGAUCUGGACAUCCGAUCUGGGGAAAACAACAACCCAACUAGUCGAGCUUGCUAAAACUCUACCAACCCCAGGGAUUCUGGAUGCUAUAACAUCUGCUCAAGACCUUCCAGAGGCAGACCAACCUCGAGCAAUUCAAACAACUUUGGCAAGGCAUCAAAGGCAAGCUUUGACAUUCAUGCAAAGAAGAGAGGAGGGCUGGUCACUCAACGGGGAACGUCAAGAUAUUUGGAAGUAUGUGGAAAAUCGAAUCGGAGAUGGAAGCUUUGUGAAUCGGAUAUCUGGGUCGCAUCAAUGUGAAGAACCGGAGGAGUUCCAGGGCGGUAUAAUUGCUGACCCGAUGGGCUUGGGGAAAACUCUGACCAUGAUUGCUCUGACGGCGAGUGAUCUGAUGUGCGCCUCACUUAUCCCUAGGCAGACCGUAAUGCCGCGGGCUGGUCAGACACUAGUGGUUGUUCCACCACCGCUUUUAGGUACAUGGGAAGAGCAACUGGCAGAGCACGUGGUGCCUGGAGCCUUUUCAUGGUACCGACACCACGGAAACGACAGGCUUACCGCAUCAAACGACCGUCACCAACCCACAAUUGUUCUCACAACGUAUCAUACUGUUUCAGCUGAGUGGAAGAAAGCGGGUGAAAAUGCCACUUCAUGCAUCUUCUCCAGGCGUUGGCGAAGAAUCAUCUUAGACGAAGCCCAUUUCAUCCGAAACCGCAAUUCCCAAAUGGCGCAUGCUAUAUGUGCCCUCGAUGGGGAGUCUCGCUGGGCCGUCACAGGAACGCCCAUCCAGAACAAACUCUCCGAUAUAGCGACUUUGCUUAAGUUCUUGAGGAUCUAUCCAUAUAGUGAAAAGACAUGCUUCGACGCUGAUAUCACACAUCUUUGGAAGACCGAGCAAGCCGAGGAGGCACUAAAGCGCUUUAAGCGCUUAGCGAGUUGCUUGAUUUUGAGGCGACCAGCAACCACCAUCCAGCUGCCGGCAAGGCGCAACCUGCAGUGCCCGGUAGAGUUCCUUCCGGCUGAAAGGGAGUUGUAUCAGGAUAUUCGCAACAAAACCGUUGAGCGCCUUGAUGAGCUCUUGUACGCAGACAAUGCUGACGGCGUGCGAUCACCCUCGUACGUCAAUGUUCUCCAGCAGAUUGAGGCCAUGCGAAUGGUAUGCAAUCUUGGGUUGUAUUACCGCUCCCGCCAUGACACCGAGGUUCAGGACAUAUCACCUAUAAGCCAAUCAACCGAUACCACUUGGAACAGCGCGGUGGCCCAAAGAGCGCUCAAACUUCAGCUAGGAAUAGACCCAGUGCGCUGUAAGGAUUGCAAAGUCUCACUCGACGAGACUGUCAGUCUUUUAGGCGAUACUUCUGGAGCACAGAGAUUGCAACAGCCCCUCUACUCGCAAUGUAUGAAGUUCGUGUGCUCGGAUUGUAUUUCCAAACGUCGAGGCGCGCCGCCCAUUUGCGACCAUAACCCAAUAUGCCCGUUCGCCUCGAUAUCACUAAGUGCCAUCACUGCCGACGAAUCAUCGGAGCCAGCCGACGCACUCUUAAAUGGGAAGAACUUGAUGUCGCCGCUUGAGAUGCCCGCAAAGGUCAAGUCGCUUAUUUCGCAGCUCAGGCCCUUGCCAUAUGAAACCAAAAGCGUCGUCUUUUCAACCUGGAGAACCACCCUGGAUGUUAUCGAGGCCGGACUCAAGACCGAGGGGAUACCAUGCCUUCGCUUCGACGGCAAAGUUCCGCAAAGAGAGCGACAAAAUGUCGUCAACCGGUUCCGACAAGAUCCAUCUUGCAGAGUUCUGCUAUUGACGCUUUCUUGCGGCGCCGUCGGACUUACACUAACGGUCGCUUCCUACGCCUUCCUAAUGGAACCUCAUUGGAACCCAACACUCGAGGAACAAGCUUUGGCGCGAAUCCACAGAAUGGGCCAGACACGUGAAGUCACCACCGUUCGGUUUUACGUCAGAGACUCGUUCGAGGAGAGAGUCAUGGAAGUCCAAGAAAAGAAAAGGAAGCUGGUAACAGUGUUGCUGGCUCCCCAUGGCCAAGAAGAGGAAGAGGAUGUAGGAUCGCUACAGGUGAGUUUCUCACAACAGGCCGCUUCCACCACUGAUGUCCCCACAACUAGUGCGCUAACGGGAACGUUUAGCACCUGA